AUGGAGUAUACCGAUCUCCAGCUGUGGCUCCUAAAGAACAAGUGCCUGCAGCACUUGGGCAAGUUCAUUGAAAACGGCGUUACUCUAGACUUGGUGCCUGAACUAGACACCGCUGCCUUGAAGGAAAUGGGCAUCCACAAGGUUGGCGAUAGACUACGACUUGAGGUGGCCAUUCUGGCGCUCAACAUGCAGAGGUUGAAGACGAGUGUGGGCAUUGAAGACGUGCAAAGACAGGUUCAGCUGGAGCUUUCGCUGCAGUGGGCGCAGACUGGCGGUGCUGGGGCUACUGGUGGUGCUGGAAAGACGUUUAAUGGCGUGGUGCCUGCUGAAAGUGACGAUUCGACGUUUGUGGCUAACGGGAGCAGGUCGCUUCAGAGACUGCGGUCGGGCUCGGAUCGGGACGCUUCUGCUAGGACAGUUACGUUCAUCUUGCCAGACGGGUCCAUGAAGAAGGUGAACAUCGAGGGAUGCUUCAAUACCCAGCUGAUCAAGCGGAAGGCGCUUAAAAAACUCGGCGUCAAGGGCAGAGAUACCGAUUACGAUACGUAUAUUCACACGACGGGGCCUGGAGGUGCUAAGAUAUCGAGUUUGUACGAUGUGGAGUUCGUGACAAUCUGUUUUGCUCCAGAUAGAAUGGAAAAGCAUCGGAUUAUGCUUACGCCGAAGGGCGAGCAGCCUUCGCCUACGGCGGCAGAACAGUCGCUUCGAAUUCUACAAAGAAUGGCCGGUAGGAAACCCCAGACGCCUCAGAUGCGUAACUUCUUUGGCCAGCGUCCUCCUUCUGAGUUGAUUUCGUCCAAUUUGGGCGAGUACUUCCCACAAGCGCCUCAGCAAGAGUUGGAAACUACAGUUCGUAACUCGGUACGUUACAGUAUGCGUCUACUGAGAAGGUUUCGUGUUCCCACAACGCUGCUGAUCUUCCUGGGGAAGCUGGGCGGUGUUUCAAUGGCAUCUUCUGAACGCAGACCUCGUAACCACAAAACGAUAGGCGACAUGAUGGUGCACAACGUCAGUGUCAUUGACGAAGCUACAAACCCUCAAGAUACAAUUUCCCUAGUCAGUAAACCAGAGCUGGCCUCUGUGGACGAUGGCCAGCUGGAGGUGUCUCACCGGACGGAGAUGAGCAAACACCGCUUUUCUGUGGCUGCGCUGUAUACCACCAAUAACAACCGGUACUCGAGAAUUGAGCUCUUUAGUAUUGAUUCAGAUGACGAUAAUGCCGAUGAUUGUCUAGACUAUUAUGGCGAGUUGAGUGCGGAUGGUGAGGAUAUUCAACCAUUUAUUCCUGGUAGAAAAUGGGUCCAGGGUGCUCGUAUCGGUGCUGGAUCCUUUGGUACUGUUGUAUUGGGCAUGGAUCCUGUUACCGGUGAACUCAUGGCUGUCAAACAAGUGCCUAUACCGACAGGUGCUGCAAGACACAAUGACCUGCAAAGGUCGAUGAUAGAAGCGUUGCACCACGAAAUGGCCUUGCUAAAGGAACUCAACCAUGAAAAUAUUGUUCGUUACUUUGGCUCAUCGUCCGAAGGCAGUUUCCUCAAUAUCUUCUUGGAAUACGUGCCAGGAGGAAGUGUACAGCUGAUGUUACAGCUGUAUGGACCGUUCGAAGAACCUUUGAUUCGUAACUUCGUCAGACAAGUGCUUGUCGGACUCACAUACCUUCACAGCGUGGACAUCAUCCACAGAGACAUCAAAGGUGCAAAUAUUCUUAUUGACAUUAAAGGAACCGUCAAAAUCAGUGAUUUUGGUAUUUCCAAAAAAGUGGACUCAUCUGAAGAUAGAGAAGGUAACAAACAAGCCCGUAGGGCUUCCUUACAAGGCUCUGUCUACUGGAUGGCUCCAGAAGUGGUCAAGCAGACUGCUUACACAAAGAAAGCUGACAUUUGGUCGGUUGGCUGUUUGGUAGUAGAGAUGUUUACCGGAAAGCAUCCGUUCCCCAGCUUCAGUCAAAUGCAAGCCAUCUUUAAGAUUGGUACUCAUACCCAACCUCAAGUGCCCGAAUGGUGUACUGCCGAGGGAAAAGACUUUUUAACCAGAACGUUCGAGAUAGAUUACGACAAGCGACCCACUGCAACGCAGCUAUUGGGAGAGGCUUUCUUGAGCCCGUUGAUUUUAUCACACCUGGGCCCAAGCGAUUGA